GCAGUUUCAGAGAAAAUAAACUGCGUCUCUGUCAGUGUGAGCGGUAGAAUGGCUGAAGGUGGCGUUUUACUUGAUCAGGACCAGUUCUGCUGUGCGAUCUGUCUGGAUCUACUGAAGGAUCCAGUCACUAAUCUCUGUGGACACAGUUAUUGUAUUAGCUGUAUUAAGGGCUAUUGGAAUCAGUAUGAUCAUACUGGUGUCUACAGCUGUCCCCAGUGCAGAAAGACCUUCACCCCAAGACCUGUUCUGGGCAAAAAUACCAUGCUGGCUGAAGUGGUGGAGAAACUGAAGAAGACUGGACUCCAAGCUGCUCCUCCUGCUCAGUGUUAUGCUGGACCUGGUGAUGUGGCGUGUGAUUCCUGCACUGGGAGAAAGCGCAAAGCCAUCAAGUCCUGUCUGGUGUGCCUGGCCUCUUACUGUGAAACUCACCUCCAGCCACACUAUGAAUCUCCUGCCUUUAAGAAGCACAAACUGGUCAAAGCCACUGGAAACAUGCAGGAGAAGAUCUGCUCUCAUCAUGACAAAUUGCUGGAGAUUUACUGUCGUACCGAUCAGCAGUGCAUCUGUCUGCUGUGUACAAUGGAUGAACACAGAGGCCAUGAUACAAUCUCAGCUGCAGCAGAAAGGACUGAGAAACAGAAACAGAUGGGUGUGAUACAGAGUACAUUUCAGCAGAAAAUCCAGGAGAGAGAAAAGGAGUUUUGUGAUCUGAGACAGGCUGUGCAGUCACUCAAGUGCUCUGCACAGGCUGCAGUGGACGACAAUGAGAAGAUCUUUACUGAGCUGAUCCGCUCCAUUGAGAGAAGGCGCUCUGAGGUGAAAGAGCUGAUCAGAGAUCAGGAGAAGGCUGAGGUGAGUCGGGCUGAAGGACUCCUGAAGCAACUGGAGCAGGAGAUUGCUGAGCUGAAGAGGAGAGAUGCUGAGCUGGAGCAGCUUUCACACACAGAGGACCACAUCCAUUUCCUCCAGUCUGUUCAACUGACUGCCUGCAUUUAUGCUGCUCUAUUUCAGUCUCUGUAUGCCCCUCCAAGAACUGCAGACUUAUCCAGCAUCACGAUAAAUCAACAUGUCUCCUUUGAAGCUGCAAAGAAGUGUCUUUCUGAACUGAAAGAACGACUGGAGGACGUCAGUAAGGGAGAAUUGCUUAAGAUCACCGAAUCAGUGAAAGAGGUUGCUAUUCAGCAAAUUCCACAGCCUAAAGAUAGAAAGGAGUUCUUGCAAUAUUACUGUCAUCUCACACUGGACCCCGACACAGCCUACACAAAGCUAUCUCUGGCUGAGGGGAACAGAGCGGUGACCCGCGUCAGUGUGAGCCAGUCAUAUCCCGAUCACCCAGCCAGGUUUGACUACUGGGAGCAGGUGCUGUGCAGAGAGGGUCUGUCUGGACGCCACUAUUGGGAGGUUGAGAGGAGUGGGAAAGGAGAUGUCUACAUAGCAGUGUCUUAUGAAGGGAUAAGGAGAAAAGGGUGGGGUCACAAUGCUAUCUUUGGGUACAAUGACAAGUCCUGGAGCCUGUGGUGCUCUCCUACCAAAUGUUAUUUCUAUCACAACAAAAAAAGCACAACCCUCCCUAUCUCUAUGUCCUCCAGAAUAGGAGUGUACCUGGAUCACAGGGCAGGAACUCUGUCCUUCUACGGCGUCUCUGACACAAUGACUCUCCUGCACAGCGCUGAGGGCAAAUUCACUCAGCCCCUCUAUCCUGGGUUCUAUGCCAACACAGCACAGUCUACAAUUAAGCUGUGCUCAGUUGGGUUAGAGUGAAAGAUGAAUUAGAUAGCUGCUUUAUCUCUGCACACUGCACGCUCUAUAGAAGACACACAGGAACACUUGCCCCAAGAGAGAAUAAUUGGUCACACUGUACAACAAGGAUACUGACUCCUAAGUCUUUAUGUUAAGCUAAGAUGUUAUGCUAACCUGGAAACCGAGCCAGUGAAUGCACAAAAGUAGAAAAAAAGGUAUAUUUCCCAAAAAUGGUGGUGUAUUCCUUUAACUAAUGUAGUUGUUUCCAUGAAUGAAUUGUUUUACAAAUAUAUUAAGCACGAAAGUUUUAAUGCAUUUGUUAACUACUAACUAAUGUAUUAAUUACAGUACAUGAAUACAGUAGUGUUCAGUGAUGAUUAUACACAAUGAUUGUGUAUAAUGAUUAUACACAAUGAAGAUAAUUCAUAAACCAAGUACUAUUCAAGUAUUUAUUUAAUGUAAUAUUGGUUCAUAUAGCAGAAAAUAAGGAAACAGAUAACAAUAUAUUGUGAAAACAAAAAUAAUUGUCUCUUUUGGAGAAAAAAAAUCAAUAUCUAGUGUGGCCACCCUUUGCUUUGAUUACAGCAUUUAAUUGUUCACAUAUUUUUUUAUUUCUACACUCGUUGAACCCUUCCAUAUGGUUUGAAGUUCAUUCCAAAGCGAUUCUUUCGAUGUUGCAACAGAUUUAUUUAUCUUGGUAUCCAGCAAAUCUCAGAUUUGCUCAAUCAGAUUAAGGUCUUGAGCAGGCCAAGUCAUAACUUUUAUGUCACCAGAUAAUUAUUUCCAUCAAGUGACCAACCAGCAUCAUGUAAGGCUACAAUGCGACUAUGAACAAUCUCAGAGAGCUCCUACCAUCGUACCAUCAUGUUUAACACUGUAACACUGCCCAAAGUUAGUGCUACCUUAAAUACUGGAACAACUGACCAUCAGAAGUAAUUUUUCAGAAUAAUGCUGCUUCAAACCAGUUUAAACAAAUUGUUUAGCAUCAACAAUCAUGGAAUGAGCCUUCAAACAUACAUUCAUGCUAUGCAAAAGUAAAAAAGAAAAAAAUGUUUAUUAGCCAUUCUUUUACCCCAAUGUCAUUGUGGGAAUAUUUUUUUUGUUCUCAUUGCCUACAAUAGUAUUGUGCAAUACAUUUUCACCAAGAUUGUAGUAAUUUUGUAGUAUAUCAUCACUGCACACUGCACACGACUGUAUGUAUACAUUAGCAAACCAUAGGAUAAAAUUAGAAUUGGUUAACCAUGAACAAAUAGAUAAACUGUUUUUUAUUCCAAUAUGAAUCCGCAUGAACUAAUGUAAUUGUUAACAUGAAUUGAUGAUGUACAAAUCCACAAACACAGAUUAACAAUGAACAAAUACAUUAUUAGGAAAUACAUUAACACAGAUUAUUACAUACACAGAUUAGCUUCCCAGUAGUUAGUUAGCAACUACUGUACAUUAGUUAAUGCCAAUUCAUGUAAGGGGUUACCAAAUAAUUGUAAAAACGUAAUUAAACAAAUAGUGAAUUUGGAUAAUGUGAACUCAUGAAUCAUUCUGUGACUGAGUAGGCUAUUUAUUUCUGAGCAGCCAUUUCCUGGUGGAUCGAAUCGCAGGUUUGUGGGCUGGUAUGUGACAUUUACGGAUAUGGAAGCAGUUUGCACACACAUGCGGCUCAUGGCUAGGCAGCUGAGCCAGUGUUAUGGAUCACGGAGCUCAGGCCAGAUCAAGGUGAACCUGUGCUAGCACUCGCUGACAUAAACAAACUUUUAGUCAGUUCUCUCCUUCUUUACAGUUCUCCAGUACAUUUAGCUGACAACCGGAAAAGGCAGCACAUAGCAAACAAAAACAGCGGUGCAGAUUUAACAAGUAAGCUGAUCACUUGGCUUCUGUUAUUUAUUUUUAAAGUAUUGAAUUCAUUUUAAACAAUCCACAGGUGAUCACUGGUGAUCACUCCCCUUUAUAAAUGUUUGGUGUAGAAACUUAGGGGCUCAGUUGGAAUCCUCUUCACUUUUAGAGAAAUCAGAAUGAACACUGAGUUCUAAAUAUAUUAUACUAUCAUAGUUCAAGUAUUUUAUUUUCUCAUUCUAUUUACUGAGUGGUAACAUAUAUCUAAUACUUAUAUAUCCCAAGAAUGUCCGCAUCUAGACAGACUGAGAUAAAGGGAAGAUGGACUGUGGUGUUCUGGGGGUGUUCUAGUUGAGGGGUAUGAUUAUUUACUCUAUCUCUAUUCUUAAUUUGUGUAUUUUGUAAUUGACUAUUGUAUCUAAAGCUAAUAACCUGCCUGCGAAUAAAUUAUUUGGCUUGUAA